AUGGCCAAGGAACGAGCUGCGAAGCUACACACCAAGGCUGAGAAGCCUGAGAAGAAGCAUGAGAAGAAGGUCUCCAAGGACAAGGUGAAGAAGCAUAAGAAGGAGGAAAAGAAGACGAAGCCUGUGAAUGUACCUGAGGAGUUGGAGGAUGAGCCUAGCAAGCUCGAAGAUACCUCGGCAGUAGUUGAGGAAUCCUCGGCCGAGCCCGAGCCAGAGGUCAAGCCUAAGAAGGAGAAGAAGGCGAAGAAGCAAUCGGAAGAGAAAGUCGAGAAGUCCAAAAAGAAGGAGGAGGAGAAAUCCAAGAAAGCCGCCGCCAAAGAAGAAGCUGUAGCCGAGAGCGACGAGGAAGACAACGGCGCGCCUCUCUUCGCGAUCGACACCGAGCCCACGCCCAUCGACCCGAAGUCGAUCCCCGAAAAAGCCGGCGCCGCCGACGACGACAACAUGCACAGGGAGAAGGGGGGAAAGCAGAAGGAGGAGGAGAAAGGGCUGAACCGGCAGGCGCGGCGGCGGCUCCGCCUGAUCGAGCGGCAGCGGGACUUUAUCCAUAAGCAGUUGGGGGUCGCGGUGGGCUCGAGCGAGCGCGCCGACGAGGUCCAGGCCCUGCUGGACCGGUGGGUGAAGGACUACGACGCCAAGGCACGCGCCCGCGCCGCGAAGAAGGAGCUCCGCACGGCCAAGAAUGUCGCGCGCAUCCGCAAAAAGAGGGACAUGAUGCUGAAGGCCGCGGCGGACAGGAGGAAACCUCCUAGGGGCUUGUCCGCGCAACAUGCGGCGUGA